UCGCGGCGUCACGUUCACGGAAGUAAGUAACCCGUUUCGGGGAGGUGUAGGCCCAAAGUUUUCGACCGGAAAAAACUCUUUUCUUCCUCAAAAAUCGCCACCAACGAGCUCAAAUUGCGAGAGCAUGCGGUAGAGACAACAUAGAUAGACUAUCACUUAGGAAGCAAACACAGUACCAGUAGAGCAUCAUGGGAUUUGGUAACCACCUGCAGAGCGGUGGAGAUGCCCAUCAGGCACUGGUGCAUCUGAUGGACCAGGAGCUGAGACUACUGGAGACCAUCCAGAGGUGCAUCCACAUCCGCAUUAAGAGUGACCGAGAGUACGCCAUGGCACUCUCCGGGAUAACCACCUUCGCCAACAAACACAGGAUCCUGGAUAUAGAGACUCCUACCUUAAAUGCGUGGAACACAGUAAUAGAGGAAACAGAGACAGUGAGUCGGUACAUCAAACAGAACGCAGAAGAACUGAGCAGUGUGACACUGGAGAGAAUUACUGCUCUGAUCAGGGACAAGAAACAAACCCAACAGAUCUACAAGAUGGGCAGAGAGAGGAUAGACCAAGACUUCAAACAGGUUGUAGACCAAGAAGUAAACAAACAGAAAAAUAAGUACAAGGAGGCAGCCAGGGAGACCAGUCAAGCAAAGAGAAAGUAUGAAGAAGCAGUGUCCAAGGGUAAGGCUGGCAGAGACUUGGACAGUACAAAAGACCGCUACGUGAAGAAGACCAGAAAGCUGCAUGCGACACAUAACGACUACCUCCUGGCCACCAAGAGUGCCGUCCUCCACCAGAACGGUUACCGGGAAACCCUCUUACCACGGUUACUAGACUCACACCAACAGAACCAGGAAGAACUGGCAGACCAACUGAAGGACAUCUUUGCUGACUAUCAGAAGAAAACAAAUCUGUCCAGAAAAGAGUUCCGGAGCUCCAACAGAAAGGUGGAAGAAACCAUAGCAGCCCUGCAGUCCAAGGAUGAGUAUGACAGCUUCAUACAGCAACACAAACAUGAACCCCCGCCGUAUGUGAAAAUAGACUUUGACAAGUCAGUGUGGGAAGAGUACAAAGACCCUAUGCUGGAGAACCAAGAGAUUGUCCUGAACAACCUGACAUUUGAGACAGUACAACACAGUUCCACCAUGUUUGAGGCCAGCCUGAGGGACUGUAAAACACAGCUGGAGGAGAAACUCAAAAAACUGAACGACAAGGAGACAGAAAUCACUGAACUACAGAAACUCGGAGCAGAAGGAAAAUCAGAAUGUGGUGUGAAGACCCGUGAACAGAGAGAACUGAGCCAGGCGAUAAACGAGUUGAAGGUAGCAGAGAUGAAACUGGUGGCACAGGAGGAGAUGUUACAGUCUAAGAUCACACAGCUGGGAGACAAGGAGCCACCCUCGGGCAUCGACAUCGCUGAUGUGGCAGUUCCACCUCCAGCUGUGGGGGAGAAGACAGGUGGAAUAAAGAAGAUCAAGUCCAUAUUUUACACGGGGUGGAAGAUGGGAGGAGGGGGAGGGGGGCGUCAGAGUGUCAGUUCUGAGGACCCUGACCCCAACGACCUACAGGAGGAACCCAACGAUGACGCUUAUCAUGAUAUGUUCCCAGCGAAGUCGCUGACAGAUGAAGAGUGGUACCACGGGGCCAUCCCUCGUACGGAGACGUCUCAGCUGCUGAAGGAGGAGGGAGAGUUCCUGGUGCGAGAGAGCUCCCAGAAACCUGGAGAAUACGUGCUGUCUGUCAAGUGGGGAGGGGUGCCCAAACACUUCAUCAUACAGAGCAAUACAGAGGGCCAGUUCAGGUUUGAAGGGCAGGCAUUCCCCACCAUCAAUCAGCUGAUCACCCACCAAUGGGAGAGCGGACAGCCGGUCACUAAGAAGUCUGGCACCGUCCUGGCCCGGCCGGUCAAGAAGGACAAGUGGGAGCUCAGCCAUGAUGAUGUCAUCAUCGGGGAAAAGCUGGGCAGGGGAAACUUUGGUGAUGUGAUGCGGGGAGUUCUGAAAGAUGACAAGACUCCUGUAGCAGUCAAGACCUGUCGGGAAACCCUGCCUAAACAGGUGAAGGACAAGUUUCUGAUGGAAGCCCGGAUCCUGAAGCAGUACGACCACCCCAACAUUGUCAGGCUGAUCGGGGUCUGCUCUCAGAGACACCCCAUUUACAUCGUCAUGGAACUAGUACCAAACGGAGACUUCCUGACUUUCCUGCGGAACCAGGGUGGAACUCUAUCAACCAAUCAGCUGGUCCAGAUGAGUCUGGAUGCUGCGUCAGGAAUGGCUUACCUGGAAGCCAAGAACUGCAUACACAGGGACCUUGCAGCGAGGAACUGCCUGGUUGGGAACAACAACGCAGUGAAGAUCUCUGACUUCGGGAUGUCACGAGAGGAGGAGGAUGGGGUGUACAACGUGUCAGGAGGGAUGAAACAGAUCCCAAUCAAGUGGACGGCACCAGAGGCCAUGAACUACGGGAGGUACACCACAGAGAGUGAUGUGUGGAGCUAUGGGGUCUUGUUGUGGGAAGUCUUUUCCCUCGGGAGUACUCCGUAUCCAGGAAUGACCAAUCAGGCGGCCAGGGAGAAAAUUGAGCACGGUUACCGAAUGUCUGCUCCAGAGAACUGUCCACAGGAGGUGUACGAGGUCAUGCUGUCCUGCUGGAAGUACCAGUCCAGCGAGCGACCGCUCUUCUCCGAGAUCGAGACUAUACUCCAGAGACUCUCCAAACUCAAGUUUUAAAGCUGCAGGGCUAGUAAUAGCAGCACAUCGGCAAAAUGUACUGCACCUGCGCAAAACCCGCAAUGUAUUGUGCAUAGCACUUCAGCAGAA